ACUUUGCUCUAGGGUUUUUGUGCUCGGCUAUGGCGGCCAGGAGCUCCCAGGGUGCGACGCGGUUCUCCGGCAAGACUCCAGAUUACAAGUCCGACAAAGAGCAAUGCAAGGAUCUGCUCAGGAGUUUUGUGGAUGCCGAUGGGCGGAUGAAAUAUCUGGAGAUGCUGCAACAAGUCGCCAAUAGAAAAUUGCGCUCGGUGGAUAUCUCUCUGGAUGACUUUUGUAAUGUAAGAUGUCUGUCGUUUGAUCGUUUUCUUGUUCUUAUUGUCUCUCUUUGCCUUCUCCAGGAUUUUGACGCUGAGAUGCUGGUGCAAAGAAUUCGGACCAACACAAAGCGCUACCUUGGAUUGUUUGCUGAGGCCAUAGAUGAGAUUCUACCCGACCCCACGGUGCCUAUCGAUGUGGAUGACGACUAUGAAGUGCUCAUGCGACAAAGGAAUAAUGAUCCCAGUGAAAACGCUGACAAUGCAGAUCCACGUCAAACGCUUCCUGCCGAGAUCAAACGAUACUUUGAAGUACAUAUUACAGCUCUCACCAGUGAGAAGCCUCGAGCGCUGAGGGAAGUCAGAGCGUCUCAUAUUGGACAACUUGUCAAGGUCAGAGGCAUCGUUACUCGUUGCUCGGACGUGAAACCAUUGAUCCAAGUAGCUGUCUACACAUGUGAAGAAUGCGGGUUUGAGAUAUAUCAGGAAGUUACUUCCCGCACGUUUAUGCCGCUGCUGGAAUGUCCUUCUACGAGGUGUCGUACCAACAACGUCAAAGGGAGGCUUAUACUUCAGCUCAGAGCAUCCAAGUUUUUGAAGUUCCAAGAGGCCAAGAUCCAAGAGCUAGCUGAGCAUGUCCCUAAAGGCCACAUACCACGAUCCAUGACCAUCAAUAUUCGUGGUGAACUGACUCGUCAGCUCGGGCCUGGAGACUUGGUAGAGAUAUCUGGGAUUUUCCUCCCAGUUCCAUUUACCGGUUUCCGGGCGAUUCGUGCAGGACUCGUAGCAGAUACGUAUCUGGAAGCUAUGUCCAUAAAACAUACAAAGAAACGCUACGAAGAAUAUGUGCUUAGUGGAAUUGAGCAAGACACAAUCGAAGCGCUUGCUCAAGACGGGCAAAUCUAUGACAGGCUAUCCUUUUCCAUAGCUCCGGAAAUUUUUGGUCAUGACGAUGUCAAAAAAGCAUUGCUUUUGGUUCUUGUUGGAGCACCAACGCGCCAUUUAAAAGAUGGUAUGAAGAUACGAGGGGAUUUGCAUGUUUGUUUGAUGGGAGACCCUGGAGUUGCCAAGAGUCAACUUUUGAAACACAUGGUAACCAUCGCUCCUCGGGGAGUUUAUACCACGGGUCGGGGUAGCAGUGGUGUUGGUCUGACAGCUGCAGUGCACAGAGACCCCGUUACAAACGAGAUGGUCCUUGAAGGCGGUGCAUUGGUUUUGGCAGAUAUGGGCAUUUGUGCUAUCGACGAAUUUGACAAAAUGGAUGAAACAGAUCGAACAUCUAUCCAUGAAGUGAUGGAGCAACAGACUGUAAGCAUUGCCAAAGCUGGCAUCACAACUAGUCUAAAUGCUCGGACCGCUAUCCUUGCGGCAGCAAAUCCAGCAUGGGGACGAUAUGAUAUGCGACGCACGCCGGCAGAGAAUAUCAACUUACCACCGGCAUUGCUUUCCCGAUUCGAUUUAAUGUGGCUCAUUCUAGAUCGAGCAGACAGAGAGAUAGACUCUGCAAUGGCAACACACGUUCUUCACGUGCAUACACACGGUGUACCGCCUCCUACUGCUGGCAAUCCGCUGGAACCAUCCAUGUUAAGAGCUUACGUCGCCAUGGCCAGAAGAGUCGUCCCUUUUGUACCGCGUACCUUGACAGAAUAUAUUUCCAGCGCCUACGCAGCUUUGCGCCAAGAGGAGGCCCAGAGCAACGCACCGCAUUCUUACACUACCGCACGGACUCUGCUCAGCAUAAUGAGAAUAUCAGAGGCAUUGGCGCGUCUCAGGUUUUCCACCACGGUGGUCCAGAGCGACGUUGAUGAGGCACUGAGGCUGAUGCAAAUGUCCAAGUUCUCGGUGUAUGCGGACGACCAGAGAAAGACCGGGCUGGAUCCAAUCUCCACUAUAUACACUAUCAUUCGCGACGAAUCGGCAAGGCUGAGGACCUUGAGGCUCAAGUAUGGAGAUGUGCUCAACCAGAUCUCAGUCAAGGGGUACAAGGAAGCUCAACUCAGGCAAUGCUUGGAAGAGUACGCGGCUCUCAACGUCUGGCAACUCGAUCCACAAACUCUUGACAUACAGUUCGUGGACGUAUGAGCCGUAUGAGAUAAGUAUAUCUUGAGGAAAGAGUCUCGAUGGAAGAGAAGGUACUGGCACAACCAAAUGGAGGCUGGAAAGAUCGAGGGAACUUUCACGCACUCCACACGCUGAAUGCGCUGCGUGCGUUUAGCCACUUAUCAACCAAGUUGCCGUGGUGCCUCUGGAGGACGUCUUUGAGGCUCUCGGUGUUGUUCACCCACGCCAGUCCCUCCUUGGUGUAGCUCUUGGCGUUAAAGUUUGAGUUUUUACCUGGUGGCCAUGAGGAGAAAGAUGAAAAACGACGUCUCGCUAAUGGCGAAGCCUUUGAUCUUCUUCUCCGCCAGCAAGCCGACGAGCAAGUCGAGCUUCUCCACGUCCUCGCCGUAUAUCUCCCUCAGCAAGGCGAGUGUUUGUUUGUCAUCGGUGAGAUCCUCCCACUUCUUGAUUGGAAUCAUCAACAUGUUUCUCCGAAAGGCAUUGUAUCUUGCAACUUUUCUUUCGCGAUCACGGUAAACUGGGACAAAAAUUACAGAGAAGCAAAGAUAAGAUCGAGGACAACAAGCGUCUGGCAAGAACAGAACUUACUCUCGAGGGCGGCCAUGUCGACGUGAUUCGGCCGGUUUAUGCCGUCGGUUCCAGUCUGGGGAAGGUCCCUCAUCCACUGCGGAUAGUUGAAAAGAACGAGCGCCCCACAAGCUUGAUGCCCAAGCGACGCGAUCAUUCUCUCGUUUCCAAUGCUACCCAGCGUUUUUUCUCCCUCACUUCCAAUGAGCUCGAUCAUGGGAAUUCUAUAGAGCACAAGAAAAAGUUUAGUCAGGAGUGGUAAAAGAAAAAAAAAGAGAUGGAGGUACCUCUUUCCAGUGGCUCGAGGAGUCUUUGUUUGUU